UGACAAUUAAGACUAAUGGCUAUGCAAACAAGAUCAACGCCCCCCAAACAAUGCUAUAAGAAGCACAAAGUUUUAUCAGAUUCAUUCACUCAUCGGGAAGAUGAAGAUGCUGGGAACAUGAAACUCUUUACAGCUGAGGAAGCUCUACAGGUGCUCCUGGACAGCGAGGAAGAGUUCGCCGUUUCCUCAGAUGAAGAGCAGGACUCCGACGUCGAACGUUUGUAUUUUGAAGAGCGACUUGAUUCAGCUGAGGAUAUAAUUUCUGAAGAGAAUGUGGCUGUAUCAAUCUCGUCUUCACCUGCACCGGCCGCAACACUUUCACCUUCAUUUGAUGCUCGCAUGGGGGCACGCAGUAAUGAGAACAAUAAAGAGAAUGUGUCUGCAACACGUUCACCUUCGUCUGAUACUCGCACGAGGGCACGCAGCAACGCGACCGACAUUCAUCCAGUUAAUGUGGCUGCAACACGCUCACCUUCGUCUGAUACUCGCACGAGGGCACGCAGCAAAGCAACUGUUAACAAAAAAAACUUUAGUGCAUUCAAGUCUGUGCAUUGCGCAUGCGCCAUUGGACCCGCCAUUACCCGCUUUUUGGAUCAGAGGAGUGCUGUUUUACGUGGCUAGUUGUAGUAUGGUGAGUUAUUUUUACAUUUCCUCUGUAAUUAGCAUCUUUUUUUUUAAGUCUGUGAGCAUUUGUAUAGUUUUUGUUAGGUUAUUUUGUUGUAUAAUACUUUACUUCAGUAAAAUAACGUUAAUGUUAGGGGUCAACGUUAUACUUUUAACGGUAAUGAGGCCUAGAACUUUCCAUAGCCAUUUACAAAGCAUCGAGGCUCAUACAGAAGUUUGUUUAAAACCAAACACAUUUCCGUGGGUCGAUGGUGAUUUCAUGACAAAACAGAAAAAUAUUUGAUUUGAAAUUUGCAUUCCGUUUUUCUUAACGUUACACGUUAUGCAAUUAUCUUACUAAUCAGGCAGAUUCGCAUAGAAAUACUUGAUGCUUUGAUCCAAUUCGUUACAUAUACUGUAAAUACGUAAUAUAAAUAUAUUCACUGAAAAACGGAACCAUAUUAUUUUCUCUCAUGGUAAUGAUAUUUAAAGUACAUGAAUUUGAUAUUAGACAUGAAUAGAUAACACGACACAUUUAGUACUGUGUUCAAAAUUUGCGGGUUCAUAAUGUGCUGCAAAGGGCGAGUCGUGAAGUUAGCGCGGAUAUGCUGCACGGGUCAUGAAGUUAAAAUAGCCUUGCACAAAGACUGCAUGUCGUCUGGUAAGCAAUCCAUAACAAUACAGUGUAGUUAUAAAAAUAAAGUUAUUAUUAUUUUUUUUUUAUGAAAAUGCAUAAAAAUUAAACAAAGACAUUUUCCCCAAAUAAGUAUUGUAGUAUAACUACCAGGACAUCAGUGAUGUGUGAGCUGAAUUUGGUGACAGUAUUUUUGUAUUCGCUUUUCGGGUUUUGCACUUCGCAGACGGUCCCUUGGAAUCUGUCUCUUAGGUGUUCGCACAUAGAGACUUAUGUAUUUUGUCCAACGCGGAGGAAAUCUGAUAUUGAGGAAAUUUGUUGUAGCUGCCGCUCUACAUUACUAUGAUAACAAAAGAGGUGUUAUUUGUGUAGUAACAGCGUUUAGCUAGGAGUUAUUGACUCUGGAAUCUCCAAUCUGUGAAUAUGCGGCCAACUUUACUUAAGUUAAUAAAGCUGCUGCGCGCAUUUUAAUUUCAAAUUAAAAAAGCUUGUCAAGUCAGACUCUCUAACCAUUAGGCCACGACUGCCCCCAUAAGUAAUUAGUUGGUUAGACUAACACAUUGCUUUUUCAUCAACUUUCAAAAAUAUGGCCUGAAUACAUAGAACAAGGUGACUCCAAAAACCCUGGGAUGAACCUAAAAGUGAUAAAGUAAAACAGAAAGGCUAAUGUUAGAGCAGAAAAUAUUCAUCAGAUGUUUCAUUAUGUGAUUGACAUUGCAGUAUAAUUAUUGCAGUAUAAAAAUGACUUAAGUCUGCAUGCUGAACAACACUGCUUAGGUCUUAGAUAUACAGUACUGUGCAAAAGUCUUAGGCGUGCUAGUACCCCCCCCCCAAGAGGUUUUAAGCCAGUUAAGUUUUUGCUUUGCUGUAUUGUACCAGUAAGAAUUUUCAGUUUACAUUUUUAAACAUUCAUUUUGUCAUUAUUUGUAAUAAUCCAGUUAGAUUUUUGUAUGCACAAGGAGUCUGACAACAGCCGGUGCUACACACCUGAUCUCAUCAAAUCUGUUUAUUAUUACAUGAAAACUGAGACAAACUAAAUUCAGAAGAACUUACCUGGCUUAAAACCUCUUUUGGGGGGUAAAAAUACUAGCACGCCUAAGACUUUUGCACAGUUCAGUAUGCGUUGACAACAUUAUUCUCUUCACAGAACCAAAGCAUUGAGGUGAGACGUGAAGCUAUUAUCCGGAGCCUCAUACUGUACCUUGGCGAAAAAGAAGAGGAACUUUUUGAAGAAUGCCUGGAGGACAGUCACAGUGACACCAUGCAACACAUCCUUAAGAUUCUGGUGGUCUAUGGAGCUGGUGUAGAGGAUUCAGUGGAUGCAUCUAUUAUUCUUGAAGGCCGGGAGAUCCUAACAGGAUGUCACAACGUGGCUAAAGCAUGUGCACUACUUAUGGGGUUGAUUCAUGCCCUCAAUCUUGCAUACCACAAAGCCCUGCGCUAUACUUUUGAGGUGUUUCAAAAACUUUUUCUAGAACUGGAUGGGAUUAAGUUGUCCUCUAAAGUUCAAACUUUAAAUUCCAAGCUGCUGACUUAAAGUUUGUUUGUGAUGGCAAGUCCUGCACAUUAGUGGAUGCCAUUACAACACCCCAACUCAGUGUUCCAUCAUGCAUGUUCUGGUGAACCCUUUUCAUAAAUAAUUAUUUUGGGUUGUUCUGUUGUUUUGAAAUUGUUUCCCACACUUUGGUACAUAAUUUGUUCUUUUGCCAUUUGUACUAAAUUGACAUUUAGUAGCGUUUUCAGUUUUAUGCCUUAUAACCACCUGGUCUUACUGUCUUUUUUUUUUUUUUUUUUUCCACAAACUUUUAACACGAAGAGAGACCAGACUUUAGAAGCAUCAAGGUGUUUAUACUGUGUUUUGAAUUUACUUUAUUCAAGGCAAAUAGUGGUGGGAAUUUGUUUUGUUAAAGUUAUAAUUUUUUUCCAGUUUUCAUUUACUUUGAACUAGAGCAUUUUUACAUAUUUAAUAAACAUCUUUAACAUC